AUGCCUGAUUGGCUGUCAGCCGACGCCAAAGAUCUGAUCCGAUCGAUGCUUAAGAUCAAUCCAAGCGAACGCAUCACUAUCGAGAAGAUCUUAACCCAUCGAUGGCUAAGAGAUGAGAUGAUUGGUUCAAACACUUGCGUUCAAGUGAUGAAAGCAAAUCUGGACGAAGAAGUCUUCUUCCAGUGUCACCGACUCUUUCCAGAGGUUCCGCUCAAAGAGUUGCGACAAAACAUUUUGCAUGGAUUUGGAUACCAAACGGCCUGUUAUUGGCUGCUGAAGAUGAACGCCAACACCGUUCAGCCGCUGCCCUUAAAUGUGGUUAAUUCGCCGCUAACUCUCAAUAAGCCAACUGUCCAAAGACGACGGUCCAAGAGUGUGGACGACACCAUCAACAAUGAAAACAACAUUCGGCCCAAACUGAAGCGUAAAUUCAUAGAUACCGUGAACUCUCCGAUGCCUAACCUUCCCAAACGGCUGAUGCUGGACGUGAAGACCUCAUCGCCCGGCAAGUCUCCCAACACUAGAGUCCCGGUUUUGGUCUCGCAUUCACCGAAACUCACGCCAAACGCAAAAGACGAGCGAAAGCUAAAGGAAAUCAAAUCACCCGUCAAUUCGCCAGUGAUUGCCAACAGAAAGGCGCGACUCUUCCAUGGCUUGAAUGACAGCUUCAAGAGUCCGCUACUGAAUCCCAGUGCGAGCAACGAUUGGACUAAAACUGCAUUCAAUGCCCCGAUUGAAUGCACGCCUAAGAAGUCACUGUUGAAGCGCUUCCUGGAGACGGCCACACCCGCCAAGAGUCAUACGCCCAGAGCUAUCACCACAUCGACGACAAUGAAGAACAUAACUCUCACCAAAUUCACCGAACCCAACAAAUGCAUCGAUAAACUCAUUGAGACGUUGACUGCGAAAGGCAUUCAAUGCAAACAAAAAGAGUGA